AUGCUGCAAAAAAAACUGCAAGCUUUAUCAGCUGGUCGAGUGCAAUCAGUGGUUUUGAAAUUAAUUAUUGAGCGGGAAGAACUAAUAAAAAAGUUUGAAAAAAAAAAACUUUAUAUCAUUUGUGGAAUUUGCCAAGUCAAUGACCAAAAAAUAACUCUAAAACAAGUCGAUAAGUUUGGUGAUUUAAUCCUUUAUAAGGACAAAAGUGAAGCCGAAGAAAUUAGGAAAAAACUAAGUUUAAUUUUUCAACUAACCGGCAAAAAAGAGGAAAAAAAGUUUAUUUUGCCAAAAUCUCCCCUUAUUACUUCUUUAUUAUUAUUCGAGGCCAAAUCGCAAUUAGGAUUUUCAGUGGCUCAAACUACUCAAUUAGCCCAAAAACUCUAUGAGGGUCCUAAUUAUGCUAAUACUAAUCCGGCCUGGAAAAAAAAGGAAAAAACGCUUAACGUGCAAGAUGCUCACGAAUCUAUUCACCCCACUUACUUAGAUUAUCAUCCCAAAGAAAUCAAAAAUUCUUUGACCGAAGAAGAAUAUAGUUUAUACAAAUUAAUAUACAAUCACACCUUGGCUAGUUUAAUGAGUCCUGCUCAAGUCAACAAAAUUACUUACAGUUUUCUUAAUAAUAAUUACUAUUUUGCUACUGCGGAAAGAGUUUGCCAAUUUGCUGGAUUUUUGGCUUGCUCGCCAGAAAUUUAUUUUUCUAAUUAUAAUGUCAAGUUAAAGAGCGAAUUAGCAACAAUUUCGCAACUGGAAGCCAAAAAAGUUGAAGUGCAAGAAUAUCAAGAAAAUAAACCAGUCCGUUAUAAUGAGGGUAGUUUGGUCCAAGAAUUAGAAAGAUUAGGCGUUGGUCGCCCCUCUACCUACAAUUUAUUUGGUCGAGUAUUACUGAAAAGAGGCUAUGCUGAAUUGAACGAAAAGGGGCAAUUUGUCCCCACCCCUCUUGGAUUUUCAGUUAACAACUGA